GUUUACAUUGUUAGGUUGGCAGCCGUGGUCACCUCCUUGUUCAAAAGGUAGUCGAGGCAACAACAGUAGCCUUUCUUGCCUUAUUUGCAAGAUAUGCAAGUCAUUUUCGUGCUGUUAGUGUGACAGCAGGCGCACAGGAUGGUGGAGACACUAGAGGGACACUUGUUGGAAGAUUGGGCCAUGGCUCGCACUUCAACAGGGGUUCCAUACUAUGCUAAUCACACCCGUGGAGUUACGCAGUGGGAUCACCCCGAGUAUGUAAAAGUUUUAGAGGAAGUCCAGUCAUUGAACUCUGUAAAAUAUGCAGCUUAUCGUACUGCGUGCAAGUUGCGUCACCUUCAGACACGGCUCAAAUUUCAUGAAGUAUCUCUGCAGUGUGUAGCUUCAUCUUUUGACAGCUUUAAUCUGCAUGUUGCAGAGAACAAUGAUCUAGUAGAGUUAAAGCAACUGGAGCAGGUCAUUCACAAAUGUCUUCGUUCAACCUAUAAAAACCGGCCAAUGCACAUAGCCCUUGCCACUCCGCUCACUGUUAACCUUUUACUCAAUAUAUAUGACUUGGGUCGCAGUGGUAUGGUUAGAGUACUUGGUUGUAAGGUGCUGCUGGUGGUUUUGUGUGGAGGGCGACUACAAGAAAAGUACCGUUACCUCUUCACUCAGAUAGCAGAUCACAACAACUGUUGCACCAGACGAAGAUUAGCAGCUGUCCUUCGUGAUUUGGCUCGUAUUCCAGAGUUACUCUCUGAGCAGCCAUCAUUUGGCUUAUCUUUGGUGGCAGCUGCUGUUGAAAGUUGUUUCCAAGAGGUAGAAGGUGAAGUAGGAGUAACAGAGGAAGUGUUGCUGGCCUGGCUGCUGAAAGAACCUCAGACUUUGGUGUGGUGGACAACCUUGUACAGACUUACAGCUGCUGAGCUAGUCUGUCAUGAUGUGAAGUGUGGUGUGUGCAAGCAGCGUCCAGUCAUUGGUCUGAGAUACCAGUGUUUACGAUGUUUUGGUUAUAACCUCUGUCAGGAUUGUUUUCUUCAUGCCCGAACCUCUCGCAGCCACAAGUUAUCACACCCCAUUCAAGAAUAUUGCCAUGAGACGAGUAGUAAAGAAUGGCGUAGAGCUCUGAUGAAGAUGCUGAAGCACCGCCUUAGAGGUCGUCCAGAGUGUAACAAGCAGCGGUACUUAGCAAUAGUUUCCAGCCCUGAUGCUGGGUGUAACAUGACCAGUUUGUUGUGUGAGGGAGAAGCCAGAGGGUCAUGGUGUGAGAGCAGUGAGGGUGAUGAAGAGCUUUACUCGCGUACUAUUCUCCAUGCCUCCCAAGACACUGAUUCUGCACAUUCUGAGGAAAGUAUUGAAGAUGAGGACCAACGGGGUUGCGACUCUAGCAAUACAGCUGAGCCAACUAUACUGCCCACAUCUCCCCGACAUCAAAUUCACUCUGUGAUAAUGCAUCUCGAGGAGGGACACAGGCAACUUGAGGAGGGGGGUUCAGAUGGUGUUGCUGUUGAUGUGGAACAACACAUUCAGAAGCUCCAGACACAGAUCAACAGACUCAAGUCCAUUUUGCAGAGCUAUAACUCUGGACCAGGUUUAGGAAGAAGUGAAGCUAAGGAAGGCAUUACUCAGCUGAAAGAAGUUAGAGUACUUCCACGUCUUGAGAGUACCCCAAUAGUUGGAGAUCGUGGAUUGCUACUAAAUCUCUCCCCCAUUGCUACUCGGCCCUCGGCUGAUGACACAGCUGUACUAGACAACAAAGAAAACCAUUUGGUAGAGAACCCUAGAGAAAAUACCAUCAAAGGCAUUUCAAAUGUUCAUCCCAUUAGAGCACCCUUCACACCACAUCAAAAGAACUUCCCAUCCUCCUUUCCUGAUGGUCAGCCAGAUUAUGCUCAAGACAUUGGGAGCUUAAAAGCUCCUUUGCAACCAUCAAGGCUACCCAGCUUCACAGAGGUCAAUUUCAGUGACUUGACUUCUUUGACCUCUGCUCCAGCUUCCUCGGAAAUUUCCCCAAGAAUGCCAUCAUUUGAAAUGAGUAGGGCAAAUGCUGGGACACAUGAUGUCACAAGGGAUGUCAGGGAGGAGCUGGAAGCUAUCAUGCGGCAACUAGACCAAAUAUUUCCGUUUUCGGAAUCAGACAAUCCAAAGGUGGUAUCAACAGAUGGUGGUAUUGUUGAAGCAGCUUGUGAGCUUGGUGAUGUUUUGGCAGAGUAUGUUAAUGUUAUUCCCAGCCAACAAGACAGAUUGUAGUACAAUCAAGGGCUCUUGGUAAGGGGCUCUUGAUCCAAGGAAGUAAAUUUACCUUCCUCUACCUUGGAUUGAACCUGGUUGUCAUCUACUCUCUAUGCAUUUUAUGACCCCUGUGGGUUUAUCAGUUCUGCUUCCUGAUUAUAAUUAUAGUACAGUGUAAUAAUCAUUGUUUUAGCUAUUGUCUAUCAUGCAUGGAAUGGGUAGUGUUGCACUGAAGCAUUAAAUCAAGAAUUUAUGAUAAAUUUAACAAACUAUAUUUUGUAUGUUAAUUUGUAUGCAUCAGUUUUUCCACUUAUUCAUGUAAAUUUGAAAUUUUAAUGCAAGUUCUCAAGAUCAUUCAUUUUUGGUGGAGAAGGGGAAAGGGAUCUGUUCAGGAUCUUAGUCGGUGUACGAGUCAUCCCAUGUCAAGUGGAUAUGGAAUGACCCAUAUGUGUAUAUAUACAUAUAUACACAUAUUUGCACAUUUUGAGUAAAUUUUCAGGUGAAUACGAGAUGGUCUGGUGGGGACUGUUGGUUCACUUAACAUGGAAUGACCCAUGUGAAAUUUGCUCAGUGUUCAUUCAACCUUAGGCUUUAUUUGCAGGCUUUUUUUUUUUUUUUUUAUAAUCAUAACCUUUAUUUCAAAUGAAUUUAGUUAUUGGAAUUCUGAGUUUGGCAUGUGUAUACAGUGACACCUAUCACACAAGUUUUACAUUAAACAGCAAUUUCCAAUUUAGUGUCAGGUAUUGCUGACAAAUAUGAUAGAGGAACACUUUUUACAGAAGAAAUAAUUAUACGCAAUAUUUUGCUCGUGUAGUGGACUAGAUGAAGCCCAUUACAUGGGCAAAACAUCUGUAAUAAGUUUUCUCUCCAUGUUCCAUUAUUUUUGGUUCAAAAUAUGAAUCUUCAUAUGGAUAAAUGAGACAAGUUCUUGUUUUGGAUGGGGUAUACUGCCAUACUUGUUUAUAUUAAUGCAAAUAUGACUGUGUAUAGUUUCUAUAAAAAGAUGAUUAAUGCUGAGAACUCAGGUUACAUGAAUUGUGACAAGAUCCGUGCUGACAAAUUAGACAAUGUAUCCUAAGAUUGUUCAGUGAUUCUAAAGGAAUGCCUACAGCCAAUUUAAGGAUUUGAAGUGUUGUAAAAGUAUUUAGAUUUUGUAAUAAAGUUGGUAGAAUUACUGACAAUAUGUAAAGUAAAAGGACACAAGUGCAACUAAUGUGACAUUUUAUUGUGGCAACGUUUUGCUCUCCAGGAGCUUUAUAAAGCCAUUACAAAGAAUACAAAUGUUUCUCUCCUGGAGAGCGAAACGUUGCCACAGUAAAAUGUCACAUUAGUUGCACUUGUGUCCUUUUACUUUACAUAUUUAGAUUUUAUUUCAUAGUUCCAAAGGAAAUUCACUCCUCAAUAGGUCAUAGAUUAACAUAAUUUAAAAGCUUUCCCUUGAGGCCAGCCAAGGUAUUUUGAUACAAAGAAUUAGAGGUACCCUUCCCUUCUAUAGAUCUAACCUGAUUACUUUCCAUUUCCCCAGCACUGUAUGACUGCCAUAGUUUUCUUGACUAUUCCUGAAUCAUCAAGUGCCUACUUUAAUUAUACUGUGACUUGUGUAUACAUAGUAUGAAGCCCUGUUAGAUGGACUACACCAUAACUUAAAGUAUGAUUAUAUGCUAAAAAAAAAAUUUUUUUUUACAAAGUAUUGCAUAUUAGUCAUUGGUAGUGUAAUUUGCUAAGUAUUCAUAACUAGCAGUCUGUUUGUUACCUAAUAUAAAUUUUACUGUAUAUAAAUAAUUGUAGACCUUUCACAGUUUAGGGUUUUAUUUGAUUAUAAUUAUGUGAUAAUUGUACUUGAAGUGGUUGGGCUUCAAAUUCUGGUCCAGUUGCUCAACUUAUAUUUGAGUAGUGCAGUUGAUUCCUAGCCUUUAGGUCUGCAGUAUCAUAUCUUCUGAAUCCAUGAAUUGAGUGUACCUCUGUUAUCUCUCUCAAUUUUUUUCACUACCUUAUUCUGCAAAAGAACUUUUCCAACAUUUGUGGCUUAUCUGGCCAUUCAGCUUGCUAUUUUUAUUUUUAUGUUCAGAUAGUUCAUGCAGUUGGUGACUUUUUUUCAGUUAAAUGACGAUAAAGCUAGUAUGUCAACAUGUUUCUGUAAAUGUUUCAGGUACUUCAGUUUUUGAAUACUUGAAAGUGAACAUUCUGCACCUUCCCUUUCUAAGGAAGGAAAGUUUCCUGAAGGAAGAAAACUUCUUCGGUUUUGAUAGAUUGUAAAUAUUUAAAAUAAUUGGAGAGUGUGUAAAUCUGUAGGUGAAGGAAGGCGGGGUAAGGGUCGUCCUCGAAAAGGUUGGAGGGAGGGGAUAAAGGAGGUUUUGUGGGCGAGGGGCUUGGACUUCCAGCCAGCGUGUGUGAGCGUGUUAGAUAGGAGUGAAUGGAGAUGAAUGGUUUUUAGGACCUGACGAGCUGUUGGAGUGUGAGCAAGGUAAUAUUUAGUGAAGGAAUUCAGGGAAACUGGUUAUUUUUAUAUAGCCGGUUCUGUAACCUACUAAUCGCCCCUCUCCCCUUCUGCUGCCCAAUACCCUCGCUUCCUUUCCUACCCUGCAGCGCUGUAUAGCCCUUGUGGCUUAGCGCUUCAUUUUGAUUAUAAUAUUAAUAAUUUAUAUAGCCGGACUUGAGCACUGGAAAUGGGAAGUACAAUGACGGCACUUUAAAGGAGGGAUUUGGGAUAUUGACAGUUUAGAGGGAUAUGAUAUAUAUCUUUAUAUAUGCUUCUAAACUGUUGUAUCUGAGCAUCUCUGCAAAGACAGUGAUUAUGUAUGAGUCAGGUGAAAGUGUUGAAUGAUGAAAGUAUUUUCUUUUUGGGAAUUUUCUUUUUGGGUCACCCUGCCCCACUGGGAGAUGGCCGACUUGUUGAAAAAAAAAAUUGCUCAUUCUUCCAUAGUUAUAUUUUGGCUUUUUUUUUUUUUACAUGAUUAUUAAUUUUGUAUGCUAUGAAUAUCAAACUUUAUUUUUGGACUGCUUAUAUUAAGAUUCAUAAACCAGUUUUAUUAUAGGUAUUAGUUUGUAUAUAAGAAUCUACCAUCAAACCUAAUUGUGAAAUUGUGUGUAUUAUGUCAUCCAUUUACCUUAUUACUAAAAGUGGAUAGAAUAGGUGCACAUUGUUUCAAACUAAAUUUAUUUUUACUUGCAGUAAGUUCAGUGCUGCAACAGAUUAACAUUUCCACAUGUUAAUCUUUUCAACGAACCAGCUGCAUCCCACUGAAGCAGGGUGGCCCAAAAAGAAAAACAAAAGUUUCUCUUUAACUUUAGUGAUGUAUACAGGGGAGGGGUUUACUAGCCCCUUGCUCUUGGUAUUUUAGUCUCCUCUUAUGACACAUGGAUUACGGAGGAAGAAUUCUGUUCCACUUCCCCAUGGAGAUAAGAGGAAAUAGACAAUAUCAAGGAAUAGUAAGAAAAUAGAAGAAAACCCAGAGGGGUGUUUAUAUAUAUGCUUGUACAUGCAAGAAUCCUAGGUAGUAGGUUGGUAAACAGCAACCGCCCAGGGAGGUACUACCGUCCUGCCAAGCGAGUGUAAAACGAAAGCCUGUAAUUGUUUUACAUGACGGUAGGAUUGCGGGUCUCCUUUUUUCUGUCUCAUAAACAUGCAAGAUUUCAGGUAUGUCUUGCUACUUCUACUUGCACUUAGGUCACACUACACAUACAUGUACAAGCAUAUAUAUACACACCCCUCUGGGUUUUCUGCUAUUUUCUUUCUAGUUCUUGUUCUUGUUUAUUUCCUCUUAUCUCCAUGGGGAAGUGGAACAGAAUUCUUCCUCCGUAAGCCAUGCGUGUUGUAAGAGGCGACUAAUAUCCCGGGAACAAGGGGCUAGUAACCCCUUCUCCUGUAUAUAUUACUAAAUUUGAAAAGAGAAACUUUCGUUUUUCUUUUUGGGCCACCCUGCCUCGGUGGGAUACGGCCGGUUUGUUGAAAAAAAAAAAAAUGCAAGAGUAGUGUGACCUAAGAGUAAGUAGAAGUAGCAAGACGUACCUGAAAUCUUGCAUGUUUGAGAGAAAAAAAGACCAGCAAUCCUACCAUCACAUAAAACAAUUACAGGCUUUCAUUUUGCACUCUUGGCAGGAUGGUAGUACCUCCCUGGGCAGUUGCUGUCUACCAACUUAAUACCUAGGACAUGUUAAUCUAUCUGAUAUAUUUAACCUAUUCUUGCUGAGGUCUUUUCUGCAUGUUUUUUUACACAAUUUUGUGUUUUUAAUUUUUCUUGCAGCACUCUAUAAUGUACUGUAUGACUGUUUUAUACCUGUUUACUUAGGAAAUGUAUUAUGUACUUGUAUGUAUAAAUAUAUGUAUACAAAUGUUCCUUCAUACAGGCUUUCCUGCAUGUUCAGCAAGUAUUUUUGUAAUGAACCUCAGAAAUAUUUAUUUGUAUUUUUCUUGUAA